GAAUAUCAUCGGCAAAGAAUUCGAAUGCGGCAAACAAUGGUGACGACCAAAUGAUAUCACCGCUUGGCAUUGCCAAAUAUUUGGAAGAUAAAUUGAAAGCCAAUGUGAAGCAUUGUGAAACGUGUUUGUGUGCACAACGUGAUUUGCGCGUGCUAGCGGAUAUUGAUCAAACAUACAAUGUUGGAACGCAAACCAUAUUGCAGGGUGAUGUCAAUUUUGCAUUAUGCUUGCGAUGCAAUAGCAAUUUAAAUUCGCCAUCCAGCACAAAUAGCCCAUUUAUUUUGAAACUCGUAAAAUCCUGUGAUUCUAUAAUAUCGGAUACGAAAAGUAGCAUAUCGUGUGCCGGUUCCACCGACAAAUUGCUCGGUAAAAAGGAUGAAUUGACGGUGAAUCCAAUAUUAGGCCACACCCCAAUUAGCGAACGAACGGUUAAAAAGCUAACCACACCAAAUCGUUCGAUGCAAGAGAAUCUAUCAUCCGUAUCAUCGCAAUCGUGUGCGAAACCAUAUACGAACAUCAGCAGCAACAACAACAACAACAAUAAUAACAGCAGCAGCAGCAUUAGCGCACAUGAAAAUCAAUCAAAACAUCAUUCAACGGCGACGACGGCAACCACGAUGUCCGCCGAUGAAUUGCCGCCACGUGCAAAGGAGCCAAGCCGAACACAUCAACGGCUAAGUGAACGGGCCACAGCCAGCAGUUCGAGUAGUUUGUCGAAUCGGAGUUCGGCUGCUUUAGACGGAUCGAAAUUGUUUGAAAGUUUCAAUAGGAACCUAAUCAAAUCCAUAAAGGCUGAAAAACCGAAUUUGUCUGGGCCACGUUUGUGUGCGUUGCGCAUUCCAAAUGGCGGUGGUAAUGUUCUGAUCGAUAACAUUGAAUCGGAUUCAACGCCAGUCAUUUAUACGCGCCGAAGUCGAUUUCUCGACGAAGAGCUAGACGAAACAAAGGAUAUUAUUACAACAACAACAACAACCAGCCUGUAUCCAUCCGUAAAUGGAAGCACCGAACCAAGGACAUACCAUAAAAUUUCGAUGCUUAUGAGCGAUGGUGUCGUAGCUGCAAUGCCCAAUGAAUCAAAAUCGGAAUCGUAUAAGAUCGGCCAUCCGAUGCGUGUCGGUAAUGCAUGUUCACAGGAUGUGAAUGCCAGCCAUAUUGCUCAAACGUAUGACGACGAAUGCGGUCAAAGGAAUGAAUGUGAUCAGCCAAAUCAAAAAUAUUGUACGAACACAACGCACAUAACGAGUGAUUCAAUUGGAUUGGAGAGAAACUUCAAUGGUUUAUCAAUGAAUGAUCAUGAUCUGAGCCAAAAUGGUGCAUACGGUCAGCCGUUAACAGAUCCAAAUGCUAUGAAUGAGUCGAUCGAUUUGAAGGAACACAUUGAUGUGGUCGAUAAACAACAGCAGCAGCAACAGCAGCAACAGCAGCAGCAAGGUCAAUUCUUACAUAUGCACCAAUUUCGACCAACGCAUCCAUUGUCACUGGUCGAUGAAACAUCACUGUUGCGACGCCAACAGCUGAGCCGUGUGGCUGAAUGGGUGCAAAACAACAACCAUGAGGCAUGUCUAGGCAAUCCAGACGUUGACUACAAACAAGUUACAAAGUUAAACAACAAUAGUGAUGAAAUUAGCAAUCGUUCAGUAGAUAGGAUAUCAAUGAUCAACUGCAAUAAUUUGCCCAUCAAUGAUUUCGAAGCCGCUCAAAAGACCAUUGAUUACAGCCAGAUGAAUAACAAUGUGAAUAAGACGCAACCGGGCGGCACAAAUCAACCAGUCGAUUUAGCUCAAAUGGAAUAUAAUGUUAAGCAGUUUUUACUUAAGCAAAAUGAAUGGUCACCAAAGCAGCCAUGUCCACCGCCUCCAUCACCUCCAUCGUUGUCAUCGGUUUCUCAUUCGUACUGCUGAAACAGAAACCCGUAGAAAUCAUAGCCGAAGUAGAAGCGUGCAACCAAAAUAUAUCAACUAGAGCGCGCCGUACACAUCACAUUUUUCGAAUGGAUUGAAUCACAAACGGAAGUGUGGGUGUGUGUAGAUGCAAAACAAAUGGUUUUCAUUUUUUUUAGAUAUAUAUAUUUCAUAUAUGGAAUCAAACAAAACGGCAAAAAAAAAACACAUGUAAUCCCAGUGAGGAACCAGUUAACCUACGGGACGUUUUUAUUGAAGAAAACAAAACGCAUUUAGUGUAAAUAAGCUACCACUUUUGAAGCAAGAAAAGAGAACACACACAAAAACCGCAGAAGAAAAUUAUCAACAACAAACAAUGUACCGUGGUGUGACCGUGAAUAGCCCAGCAAAUAACAAGGAACAUUGUAAAUGCACAUUGCACACAAUUAUCAAGUGGUUCCAUUUCCAGAAAAAAAAAAUAUAAACCAACACACGCAUAUACACACAUACAAUUUAAUUAGAGACAAAAAAAACAAGCAAACAUUACGCAUUCCAUUAAACGACAUGCAGUCGAAAUCGAAUGCAACAAGUGGCAAUUAUAUAACCCAUAACAUGAUUUGAACAUGAUAUUGUUUUUCUUCCUUUUCGGUUGUCACCACCACGAUAUAUAUGAUCAGUCACACAUAUUCUUGCUGAUUGCAAAAAACAGAGAGUACAAUAAAAAAAAAAACAAA